GGGGCGCUCUUGCUCAUAAGGAGUAGCGGAGGAGGUCAUAGGUGAGGAGGAAAAGUGGUCGACGAUGGCUGUGGAAAGCGCUCGCGAUUACGCGGCGGUUUUGCUGCGAUCUCUAGUAUCAGUGGGAACAUCAGUAGGAUCAGUAACAAGACAAGCCUUGCUUGCUCCCCUUCCAUCUGCAGCUCGGCCUUUCCGUGUUUGUAACCAUGACAGAAGCAGCCGGAGAGGAGUUGUGGCAAGCAGUUUACAGGAGCUUAUCAACAAGACCUUGGAUGCAUUAAUGAUAACGGCUGGACUGAUAACACUGGUUCUAGAGGAAGAUGGAACAGUGGUGGAUACUGAAGACUUCUUCCAGUCACUAGGGGAUAAUACACAACUCAUGCUUUUGGAUAAGGGACAGAAAUGGAAGCCAGGACCAAAUUAUGGUAUUGCAACAAUACAGCAACCAAAGAAAAUGGGAGUAGCAAAUAUCACUUUGGAUUUGUACAAACUGAAUCCUAAGGAUUUCAUUGGUUGUCUGAAUAUCAAAGCUACUUUCUAUGAAAUCUAUUCUGUGUCCUAUGACAUCAAGUGUAUGGGAGCAAAAACUGUUCUAAGGAGGAUGCUUCGUUUUCUAUCACAGAUUGCCCAAGUAACAGGGCAACUUCUUCUCCACACCGGAACGUACGUGCUACAAUUAAUUGGUGAUUAUGAAGAUGGUCUGCUUACGGAUGGCAAACGCUAAAGCAAACAUAAGAGUCUUUUUAACUGUUUGUUUGUCCACCUAACACUAUAAGCAGGUUUUGGGAAGAAGAGAUUGAGUUACACCUUAAUAUAUUAAAUAUCUCAAGUUUAGCUUGGUACAUGAUUAUACUCUAAUGUUUAGGCUUUUAUUUAAGAUAAUGAUGUCAUAACUGUAAAUAUGGUCAGAAUCUUUUUAAUGUAGUAAAGAGAACAGUAUUUAAAUUGAUGAACUCUUGUGCCAUAAACUAUGAAGUUUUUCACAUAGCAACACAUGACUCAUACUGAGAACUUUUUUUUACCAUGUGAACAGUCAUUGCAAACUCUGAAGUCUGACUUUUUUUUUUUUUGCAGAAACUCAGCAUUAACCUCAGCUCUAUUUAAAACUGUCUUGUUGCUAAUCUAUAAAUAUCACAUCUCAGUAUUAAAAUGUUCUCCCUUAUUUUUCAGGAAUCACCUCUACCGUUAUCUUAGUUGUUCAAACACUAGUUAUAGUUGUUAAAAGAAGGUUAAUUUUGCCAGUAAAAAAAGUAUUGCCUAAAUGGAUUUAAUGGUUAAAGCCAAGCUGCUGAGUCUAACAUUUAUGUUAAGACAUAGCCCCAUCUUUCUUCCUCAUCCAGCCUCCUAGGCUGCUUAUCAUAUCAGGACAAGCCUUAGCUUCAAAACUACUAGACUAGCAAAUGACUGAUAACAUUUCAUUUGGCAGAAAAUACCACUUUCCCUUUCUCCCCCUUCCUGAGUUGCAUGGUGGAGCACAAAGUGAGAACAUUCCACUUCCCACCUAUUGUUCCUUACUUAAGCAAAGGUACAAUGACUAUCCUGAUUCAAGAGGCCUGGGAAGCUCUAGAAUAUCUGUGGAAAAUAAUUACUUCAAUUGAUGGGAAGUUAGCUGAAUGACUGUAUAGGACUUGGAGGUUUUCCAGGAACCAAGGUUUUUAAUUUUUUUUUUUUAAGGAAUACUUAGAGAAACCUGAGGCUAGAGCUCCUACAGUCUCUUUAUGGCUAUGCUUCUAUUAUUAGUAGCACAAGUGAAUCUAAAAGCUUGAAUCUAAGGAAUCUCCCUUCAGUAGAGACUUGAAUGUGAUGAUCCGUUGGGAAAACCUAGGUGCUUAAUAGUGGGGCACAUCAGACCAGUAGGACUGAACCCCAACCCUGCACAUCUAGAGUUAUUACAGAUCUUCAAGAACAGGGUUGAAUUACAAUAGCAGUGACAUCCAGAAACUAAAAAGGCGCAUAGUGGUGGUUUGUCAUCUUCUGCUGAUAAUGUAACAAAAGGAAGAAGGUCCCUUAGUCUUGGCAAAGGAAAGUAAAAGCUUUGUGGCUGUUGUGAGAUGUAGAUUGAGUUCAUAUUGUCUAGGUCAGCCUUGCUCAAGUGGAGUUUCAUGAGAGAUCAUGACUGGAAAAAAAAAGUUUUUUGACUGUGCAGUGCUAGCUGUAGAUAUAAUAAUUUUAUACAGGGUUCCCUGAGACCUGAAAAUUAUUUCAAGGGUUCCUCCAGGGUAAAAAAAAGUUAAGAAAGGCUGGUCUAGGCUAUGCUUUGCUUACCAGCCAUAGAUAACCGAGUCCACACAACACAUCAAACCUAAAUCAAACAGGGCUUCAGUGGCUUAGUACAUUGUGUGAUUCCUAUCGGUGUGGUGCUUAUUUUGAGCUUUGUGCAACAUGUGACCCCAGCCCUUGUGGUUUGCAAAUCACUGUUAGCACUUGAUGUGUUGAGCAGCUCAGAAUUGGCUUUGGACAAACUAUGGUUUAUCUUAAAUGAACCAAGUUUAAUAAUGGUCCAGUUCUUCAUCUUGCUGUGACUUGAACCCUUCCCAGCAUAAAUGAACAUUUUCAAAGCAGUUUUCCUUCCUCAUCUAAAAUGGCAGUUUGGGUGUAAAUGGAAAGUUUACUGAGGUUUUCAGCAGAUACUAUCUUUACUAUUUCUUUGUGAAAUGCAUUUAUUUGAAAAGACAGUGCAGAUUAAAAUCUGUGUAAAUGUCUUACAUGCUACUGAUAGCUAAUAGAAAAUAGAAGUAAGCUUAAACCACUGAAUUUAUCAGCAGCCUGUGCCUAUCAUGUUUACUUGCAGUCUUCAGCAGUUUCUUAAUCAUCCAGUAAAAGAAAGAAAGCGUGUGAGAUUAAAUUGGAACAGUUUCGAGUAGAAUAUUCAGUCUCCCUGCAUUGUCAUGCAUUCAUCUGUGCAUGACAGUGCAUUUAUAUAAAAGUACACAGCCCUUUUGAAAAUGGCCCCUAUGUCAAAAUAUCCUUUUUUUAGCACAUGAAAGAGGGCCUUCUUCUACUGCCCUUCUAAGCUAUGGAAUGCACUCUGCCAUGAGUUGCAUUUGGCCCCUUCUCCCUCUGUGUUUAGGAAAUUUGUAAAGACAUUCCUCUUUUGCCAGAUUUUUCAUUAUUAGAUUAUUUUAGUAUUUAUUUUAUAGUUAAUUUUAAUCAGUAUUUUAAUUCUUUCUAUUAUGUUUUUGUUUUAAUUUUUGUUAACCACCUUGAGUUAAAAUAUGGGGUAUAAUCAAAUAAAUUAAAACUAGUCACUUGCCACUUGACUUGUAUAUAUUUGUCUACUCAUGCAUCCUGCAAUGGAUGCUUCGAGAUCUAGAAAUUUAAUAGAUUAUUUGGGUUCCUAAUAAUUGCUGUGUGCGCCUAAACAUGGGGAAAUCAUAACUAAUGGUAGAUCAGAAGUUCCAGUGUUCAGGGUCUAGCAUCUUCAGGGGGAGCUGGCAGAACAUUUAUCUGAAACCCAGACAGCUACUGCCAGUCAAUGGCUGGGUUCAUACAUUGCACUAAGGCUUGGCUUAUUUUAACCCUAUCUUAUUGAAGGCUUUACAGUGGACGGCAUCACACAUGAUAAGCCACAAAGCAUGGUUAUAAAUCACAAUGACUAGUUUCACCAUCAUGCUAAAUCAGAGCCAAAAGAAUCAUGCUUUAAUAAAGUUUACACAUUAACGCGUUGUGUAGUUUCUUGUUUUCACUUAGCAUUUGUCAAUCUCAAUAAUACUAAAUUAGAUGGAUUAAUUAGUUGACUCAAGAUGACAUGAUCCUGACAACAGCAUGAAUUCCAAGCAAAUUCUUGCACUAAUUCCAUCAAAACAACACAUACUGUACAUCCCCAGAAGAAAUGGGAAAUAACCAAUGUCAAUGUUGGCAUUAAGAAUGUGCAACCUCCCAUCAGAAAGAUUUCCAUUUCUGUGCAGAGAUGUGGUCUUAAGGCCAGAUAGAAACUUAUGAACAGUAAAUGAUGUGUGUGGCAAACAAUUAAA